AUGCCGCCGAUGCUGAUGUUGGCGCUGCUGUCGCCGGCGCUGCUCAGCUGGGCGGUCCGCGGGGCCGCAGCUGAGGCCGUGGUUACCGGCACCGUCUUCUGCGACCAAUGCCGUGACGGGGAGCGCGACUUAUUUGACUACCCGCUCGAAGGUCUGCCGGGGUGGUGCGAUAUAUAUAUCAUCUUCGGGGAUCAUCCGCCGCUCUUGAUCGCUGAGCUGAUGUAACCGCGGUGUUGUUGGCAGGGGCGAGGGUGGCCGUGGUGUGCACCGGCGGGGAUGGGCAUGUGGCCCUCUACGGAGAGGCGACGACGAACUGGUUCGGUGUUUACUGCGUGCAGUUCGAUGGCGGCCCUGAUCUCAGCUCGUGCUCUGCACAGGUGGUGAGCGGGACCCAGGAGUGCGGGGCGGCGGCGGGCCCGCCGGGGGGGCUUCACCUGCUGUUCGGGCUGUUCGGCACGGCGAUGUACGCGGCGGACGGCCUACUGGCGCUGCCUUCCCAGCCGUCGUCCUCUUGCCCGGGUUUCACCUCCCCUAGCCCUCUGGAGCAUAUCGCUGCACGUCCACCCACCCCGCCGGGGAGGGCAGCUCUUCCUCCCCCAUCACUCCCCUUCAGGCAGACCUCAGCCUGUCCAUGCGAGUACGCUCCCACCGCCCGCUCAUAUUUGCGCACGAGAUUCGUAGGGCUGCGAAAAGACCGGACUUUUAGCUUGUAAUUUCGAACCCAUGAAGCUAUUUCGAGGCGAUCAUUCUUUAUUUCAUUCCCACCGCUGGUUGGCAGGACGUGGACAGCACCGCAGUACGGAUGCUACUGGAAGAUGGUCUUCCCCGACACGAAGGUGGCAGCGGCGUUCGGGCUCGCCGCAGCCCGGCGUUACGGGACGGACAUGACGCUGAUGGAGGCCCUUCGAGGAAGGGGAGACCUCUACCGGACUCUGCUCAGGGAAGCAGUCACCGCCCUCCUCAACUCCUACCGCAGCCUGCUCUUCUUCUACCCGACGCGCAUCGUGAUCGACCACAUGAACUGGGCGCUGUCGGCGUCCCCUCGGCAGGCCCUCGUGGUCGCCCUGAGAUUCAAGAGGGCUAACUCCGGCGCCGCUGGGUACGGCGGUGCCCGAUGCGAUUUCGCCCCCUGCGACUAG